GGUUAGGGUUAUGUCAUGGAUGUCGCUGAUUGGCCCAAGUAUUUGUUUUGGUCCGACGUAAGAGCGGAGGGGGAUCUAAAGCAGAAUAACCAAUGCCAAAAUAUCUCAAAUACUAUGGCCUCAGACAGUGACCUUGAGGCUUAUUUGAAUCAGCUGAGCAAGAAAACACACACACUAAAACAGGAUGUCAAGUCUCAAGGCUAUUCAUUCUCACGCCCUACUAGUGCCACAGACAAGUCACAUGAUACUAUUGAUAUAUCAGAAGAAAGUGAAAGUGAAAUGAGAGGAGAUAAAUAUCCAAAUACAGGAGGGCCAGGCAAAAUAUCUGAUAUCACUGCCUUAAGUGAAAAAUAUGCUGGAACUUCUUUCAAAAAGUCAAGAGCUCAGGACAAAUUCAGUAAUUUGGAACAAAAGUAUCUCGGGAAAUCAACAAGGAAAUUAGAAACUAGAAGUUCUAGUGAUGAUGAGAAACAAUCUGAUAAAAAUGUACAUAGCGCAAGAGAUAAAAAUAUGCAGAAAAAGCAUUCUAACCAAACUGAUUUUUCUAAAGCCUCUGGAAAGGAAAGAUCAAAACCCAGAAUUCUAGAUUCUGAAUCUUCUAUUGAUGAGGACCUUGCAAGAUAUUUGAAUGAGAGUUUAUCAACUAGAAAUCUCAGGAAAGUAUACAACAAUUCUGAAACUAAAAAAUCUGAAUCAAGUUCAGAUGAUAGCGAAGACAAAGGAAGCAAUAUUUUCAAUUUUCAUAAUAUCAUGACUGUUGCAGACAUUAUGGGUCAUGUGACAGAUGAAGGGGAAAGCAAAGUUCAAGAGGAAGAAAUAAGGGAAAGUGAGCAUUCCAUAUCUUCUGAAGUUUCCGAACUUUGUACAGAGGAGAACACAAGUCCUCAUAAGAAAAAAGAAACUGAAAGUUACAACAGAAAAAAUGCAAGAGUAGAAAAUCUUCUGGUUUCAACAACUGGAAGCAUUUUUCACUCUUCACGACGUAAUUCUACAUCUUCUAUAGCUGAAGUGAUUCUGAGUAGGAAGAAUUCCAAGAUUGACCUGGACUCAAAAGGAGACUACUUAGGAGUGUAUCGUGAAGAGAGUUUAGAGGAAAGUGUUCCAGAGAGUGUCCCUAACUCUGCAUCUGGUAGUGAAGUCGCUGAGGCACUAGAGGAGAGUUCUGUUAAUAACAACCUAAAGACACAGCUUAGUAGCAGUUCAUCUGAGAAUGAGGAUAGUCAGCAGUUUAAUAAGAGUGUUAUGGAAGAACAUGUGGAGGACUCGCCAAAAAGUAUAUCUGCAAGUAAUAGUAGAAAAGGAUCUGAAGGCAAGAUUUAUAAGGAUAAUACAGUGUCAAGCAGUAUUAUUGAGGGGAAAGAGUUCAAAACUCAAAAGAAGAAUGGGAAUCGUUCCAGGCAGAGUGAAGCCACAGAUUCUGUAGUAAAAGAGAAAAAGAAACCAAGUAAAACAGGAGCAAAAAGCAAAUCAUCAAAACAUCAUGGGCACAGAGGAAAGAAAAAGAAAAAGAGGUACAUAUCCUCUAGCUCCACAUCUUCAUCAAGUAGCAGUGAGACUUCCAGUGAAGAAGACAGGUCUUAUAGACAUCACUCCUCAAGGAGGCACAGACACAAGCAAAAGCACUACUUCAAUCCUUGGGAAAUGCCUCCAUACAUGAAUCCCUGGAUGAGUGUUCGUCCUCCACAACAAGCAUAUUUUACUAAAACAGGGCCCAUUGAAACUAGCUUUAUCCCCAGGGUUUCUGAAGGUAUUUUUCCAAUGAGAAGUAUGGUGGGUGCAGAUGAACUACUGAGGCAACAAGUUGCCCUGACAAGGCAAUUUCUGGACUCACAGAAAUCCUUAUAUCAUGCUUACACUGCAACACUUACAUCAUCACACCACUACACAUCACUGUUGGAAACUGAGAAGUAUAUUGCAGCCAGGAGGAAACCUCCACUAACCUUUGAUGAAGCCUACAAAAUGGUUAAAGAGGAAAUGAAAGCUUCGAAGAGAUGAUAGUGGGACCAACCAUUGGCCAUCCUGUAAUGGCUUUUGCCUUUCUAUUCAGGCUGUGAUAAUGAAGAUUCUAGUCACUUUAUACCUCAUCUCUGCAAGAGUUCUAAUGACAGAAUUGUAUACUACUUAACUAGUAAUAAAACAUUUUAUCAAAUCUAACUCAUCAUCCUCAUAUUUUGUGAUUCUUUAAGUAUAGGUGAAAAAAUGGAUGAGAUAUACAUGUAGUGCCUGUGAAAUUUGGCCCAAUUAGAAAACAAUGAUUCUGAAAUAUCUAAGCCAGAAGAGUGCCAUGUAGACACAAUAAUUUUAUACUUCUUGGGGACUAUAUAUAUUUAAUGAAAUUUGAGUUAGUUUCCUAAAGAAAAAACACCAAGGUAUUCUAAAACAUGCAAAAAUUAUACUUUUUCUGUGUUAUUUCUGCCACAAGUUAUCAUUUGGGAGUAAUACAUUAUAUUCACAUUUUCUUUCAUCACUUUAAUAAUGUUCAUGUUAUCAAAAAGUCACCCUUAAAACUACUUUGUUUA